GAAGAAUUAGGGCGAAUGUCUAUUGUUUGCUUAAUGUAAUGUAGAGUUAUUCUUGCGACAAGUCUGGAACGUGGAAGUGGACUGGAAGUCACAAUCAAUCAAAUCGAUUUCUGUUCGUUAACAGGAAUGCCGAGAGAGCUCACUCAGAACAGGAUCCAAAAGAUCUGGAUUCCGUGCAAGGAUGAUAAAGCGGCUGUUUCUCGGAGAUCUAGUGGAAACCCCCACCUGACCAACGCACCCACUUUGAUUGUAAUGAUGGGUUUGCCCGCCCGGGGAAAAACCUAUAUGGCUAAGAAACUGACCCGCUACCUCAACUGGAUCGGUCUUCCAACCAAAGUGUUCAACGUGGGUGAAUAUCGGAGGGAAGCGGUCAAGAACUACAGCUCGUAUGAUUUCUUCAAGCCUGACAAUCAGGAUGCUGUGAAAAUUCGGCAGCAUUGUGCAGUUGCGGCGUUGAGGGACGUACACGCUUACUUGACCAAAGAAGGUGGUCAGGUUGCUGUCUUUGAUGCAACAAAUACUACAAGGGACAGAAGGGACAUGAUCUUAUGUUUUGGAUAUGAAAAUGGAUUUAAGAUGUUCUUCAUUGAAUCAGUGUGUGAUGACCCUGCUGUAAUUGCCACAAAUAUUAUGGAAGUAAAAGUAUCCAGUCCGGAUUACCAAGAUUGCAAAAUGACGGAUGCUGUGGUGGACUUCCAGAAAAGGAUUGAAUGUUACCAGGCUACUUAUGAACCUCUGGACCCUGAUGAGUAUGACAGCCUUCACGUACCUGUCUCCAGGAACCUCUCCUUUAUCAAGGUGAUUGACGUGGGCCGCAGGUUCCUGGUAAACAGGGUCCAGGACCAUGUCCAGAGCAGAAUUGUGUACUACCUGAUGAACAUCCAUGUGCAGCCACGCACCAUCUACCUCUGCCGUCAUGGUGAAAGUGAAGACAAUCUGCAGGGCCGACUGGGUGGAGACUCCAGCUUGUCUGUCAAGGGCAGAAAGUUUUCAGUGGCCCUGGCUCAGUUCAUGGAGCUACAGAACCUACAGGAACUGAAGGUGUGGAGCAGCCAACUGCGCAGAAGUAUUCAGACGGCCGAGGCACUGGGUGUGUCCUACGAACAGUGGAAGGCGCUCAAUGAGAUUGAUGCUGGGGUGUGUGAGGAGAUGACCUAUGAGGAGGUCAAGGAGCGCUUCCCAGAAGAGUUUGCACUGCGGGACCAAGACAAGUACUACUACCGCUAUCCCAGAGGGGAGUCGUACCAGGACCUAGUCCAGCGGCUGGAGCCGGUCAUCAUGGAGCUGGAACGACAGGAGAACGUGUUAGUUAUCUGCCACCAGGCUGUCAUGCGCUGCCUCCUGGCAUACUUUCUGGACAAGAGUGCUGACGAGAUGCCGUAUCUCAAGUGCCCAUUACACACAGUACUGAAGCUCACCCCGGUGGCAUACGGGUGCAAGGUUGAGUCAAUCUUCUUGAAUGUUGAAGCGGUUGACACUCACAGGGACAGGCCAGAGCAGGUGAAGAGGGGUCCUGGCACGCUCAUCAGGCGGAACAGCAUCACCCCUCUGACCAGCCCAGAGCCCACCAAGAAGAGCCGCUUUGAAGGCAUAGACGAUCAGUCUAUCCCAGAGGCCUCCCCAGCCUCCCUGUCCCUUUGCAUGGUGCCACAGCUCUCUGCAGUUCUGUCCACACCGAACAUGAAGAAAAGCUCCUCAGAGCUUCAUGAAGCUCCGCUGCUCUGCCAGUGAGACCCUACAGUGUACAGUGUGUUAUUGGGGAUCAUCUCACAGAAGGGAGCUCUGUCUACUGAAUGGGAGCAAACCUUUUUUUGUAUUUUUUUUUUAAAAAUUUAUUUUUUAUUAAUAAGGAAGGAAAAGCAACAAAAAUGCUGAAAAAAUUAAGCAUCUCUUAGUUUCACUGGUCAAGUGCAGGUUGUUUUUAAGUGUAUUAUCAGUUUCGGUAUUUUUGCAUUCAAAACUUUUGUUGCAUAUGUUUAUUUUAAUAUUAAUUUAUUAUAUUAUGUAAAAUGUCUCAAAUGUCAUUUGUUGCUGUUUAACGCGGGUGUGACAUACUGAAACAAUGUCACUGUGGAAGCAAUGAACUAACAUCUUUGCACAUCUUUUCUCCUUCACAUAUAGAUGUGCAGGUGGCAAAUUACCCAGAGUGCCUAGUCGUCAUCAUCCCCCCCGCCGAGGUCUUUAUUGUGAAAUCUAAAUGAUCUGUUGCAUGGGCAUAUUGCUCAGAUUUCAGCAAUGCUCUAGUUCAUUUAUUUUUUGUGUAGUUUAAGCAUUUUACUUUCAAUAAUUUACAUUUACAUUUACUCAUUUAGCUGACACUUCUCUCCAAAGCAACUUACUAAUUAUGCUCAAUAAUUGGUAAAUUUGAUCAUUUCCCAGAGUUCAGUGAGAGGAAAAACACUGCCAUUUGAGAUCAACUGCAAUCAUUUAAAACUUUUCGUAGCUUUAUUUUUAAUGCACAAAGAAAAACCCCUUUUUCUAGAAAUGAUUGUGUCUACAGUUCAACAAAUGAGCUUUAUGUAAAGUGUUUCUGGGGAUAAAACAAACUCUGGCCAGCUAUGAUUGGAGGGCAACAUUGCUGGUCCUCACUGUUAAUGGAGUUAUCAGUGACUUUUUUUACUCUGACACAUGGGAUUGUAUUUGGACGGCACAUGUCGUCUGCUUUUUAUGAGUGCCUGUUCUGGGUAUUCCAGAAUGUAUGCCUUAAAGAAAACAAACUGCAUGUUUGUUGGUGGAAAAAUAUAUGAUUUUCAAGAACUGUCUUCUUUACUUGGUUUUCCACCCUUCAUCGCAGUAACUAAAUAUAAUAGACUUCAUACCAUAUUAUUGCAUUUGAGGUGUGCAUUUUUUUUUUUACUAAUAUAGUAAUUUGCUGUAUUUACUACAGUGUUAAAAGAGUGUUAUAGGUGGAGUCAUGAUGUGACAAAGUCACACCUGCCUGCUGCCUACUGGAUUGCUGGUCUUUGAUUGUGGUGUAAUAAGCCCCCCCCCCCC